CAUAUCCCCUUCCGACAAACCACCUGUUGAACGACGACGCGCUUUGGCCCGCUGGAAGUCAACUUCCAACCAAGUUAGUCCGGAAAAGUCCGGUGAAGCGUCAGCAUCCAGUCGAGCGACGAGCUUGCGCCACAUACACGGGUUCGAAUCCGGACAGAGCGACGGAAUUUUCGCGUCGAUUCGGUACAUUUUCUGUAACGCUCGCUGUGCAGUGCAAGAUGGUGCGAUUUUAUUGACUCAGUUUUUGGUUGAUAUUAUGGUUCCUGAGAUGGUUCUGUUUCUUUUCGUUUUGUUCGCUGCUGUGAAAGGUUCGAGCGUCUACGCGGGGCUGAACGAUCUGUCCGAUCCCUCUUCAAAUCAGCAGGAACAACUGCCCAAUUUUGUCACCCCCGGGCAGACCUAUAGGAUAGCAACAGGAAGCACUGUGGUUUUGCCUUGCAGGAUAUCGCAACCAGGUAGCUACGUAUUGGCAUGGAAAAGGGGGAUAGCGGUCCUAACUGCGGGACCGGUGAAAGUAUCUCCAGAUCCUCGUCUUAGACUCUUGCCAUCUCCAGCUCGUCCACCUUCUUUACCAGGAUCAGUACCGGAACUCAGCGGAAGUGGGUACAGCCUUGAGUUGAGAGAUGUCAAACCUCACGAUGCAGGAGAUUACGUUUGUCAGAUAGGCACGAUGGAACCUAAAGAAAUCACUCACACCCUAGAGAUACUCGUACCACCUAGGAUUCACUUUGUCUCUCACACUGGCCCUGUGAAGGUCCUCCAAGGAGCUACGGUCAAAAUGGAAUGUCGAGCUUCUGGUAAUCCAGUACCGACUCUUUCUUGGACUAGGGAGAAUGACGCUUUGCCGAGUGGCGAAAAAACGGUUCUUGGUCUGUCUAUGGUCAUACAACACGCUGACCGACACUCUGCUGGGACUUACCAGUGCACCGCAGAUAACGGAGUUGGUCAACCAGAUACCAGGCACAUCGUACUCUCGGUUAUGUAUGGACCUGAAGUUGAUCCAGAACGUGCAACAAUUCAUACUGGACUUGGUUUGGAAGCUCAACUCGUUUGCAUAGUACACGCUGAGCCUUCACCACAGGUUAUCUGGUAUAAAGACACUGCACAGCUCGGUACGACAGAGCAACAUGCCACACAUUCCAGAGGAAAUAGAUACACUUUGGUAAUAAGAAACGUUACCAGAUCUGAUUUCGGCAACUACAGUUGCGUAGCCAGCAACGUUCAUGGAAAAGGACGCAGUCAAAUUAUUCUGACGGGAGUGGCGGGUUUGGCCGUUUUCGAUUCUAACUCUCUGGGUUCUGAGAAGGAAAACUAUAACGUCACUUGGUCUGUCAAUAGCCACGCGUUGAUCACCGAAUACCGGGUGUUCUACAGGAUGAAACCGAGACAUCAUCGACCAGGGGUGGAACACAGGGAAACGUUCAGGACCUUCGCAAACAGCACCGUGAAAAUGGAUUUCUCCAACCAAUGGAACAGCGUUAUUCUACCCGCAAAUCCUGGAGCGGACAAUCCUCCAUACCCUGGCGUGACAAGGCAGAAAAUGUGGUACCUCAUGAGGCAGUUACAACCUGGCACCACUUACGAGGUUAGGGUCCAAGCGAGAAACGUCCACGGCUGGAACAAGAUGUCGCCCAUCUUUCAUUUCACAACGAAGUCUAAUGAUCAUGAAAACAUGGUGGAGCCUUCAGCUCAGCCGGCAGUGUACGGCAUUGGCAGCAAGGGGUUGUUCAAUCCCUUCAACCAAGCUUCACCCACGACUGUGACAUCCUCUGUCAUCUUGAUAGUCAGCGUUGCGAUUUUCAUCUGAAAGACUCCAAUUCAGUACAUGAGUGUUUAGAAAAUUUAAAGUGUUAAACAAGCACAGACACUGGGGAAGAAAGGGGGGUAGUAGUGGAAUUGGUUGUGAUAUACAGACUAACUUUCAGUGUACACUGUCUCAGAGUUAUUUUCGAGGAUAUUUACCACUCGCCGAUAUUAAGUUACCAAACUGCAUGUUGUGUUUAGUUCAUUUGAUUGUUCUGUUUUUACGCUUGAAUGGUUUUCGAACUUUUGUAAAUAAAGACUGAGAUAUUUUUAUAUAAGAGUGCAAUAAGAUGAACUCUAUCAAAUUGUCUAUUGGAUACGAAAUGUUCAGUUGAUGAAAUGUAAAUAAAGCUUAAACAUCUCA